AUGAUCUCCUCAAGAAUGAUGGGACGAGUGCAUUGCAUGGUUUAUGUCGUGUUCUUGUGUGCCAUCGCGGCUACAGUGACAGCAUAUCCUUACUCCUUACCUCAAACACCCCAAUACAGUUCUCCGGUUCACAAACACGAAUCACCUUAUUACUCUCCUUCCCCAAAGGUCGACUACAAAUCUCCACCUCCCCCAUAUGUUUACAGCUCCCCACCACCACCUUAUUAUUCUCCAUCCCCAAAGGUCGACUACAAGUCUCCACCACCACCAUACGUCUACAGCUCCCCACCACCAACUUAUUACUCUCCUUCCCCAAAGGUUGAUUACAAGUCUCCACCUCCACCAUAUGUCUACAGCUCCCCACCGCCACCAUAUUACUCUCCUUCCCCAAAGGUCAACUACAAGUCUCCACCUCCACCAUACGUGUACAGCUCCCCACCACCACCUUAUUACUCUCCUUCCCCAAAGGUCGACUACAAGUCUCCAUCUCCACCAUAUGUCCCGAAGACACCUUACUAUUGAAUUGGUUUAUAACCUUGCAUGGUUGCAAUAAUUUUUUUCUUAUGGAUUUUGUCCCUUGUUACACCCUUUUUCUUAUAUUGUGAUUUGAGUCUUCUGAAUUAUUUUUUGUUACACUAUCUCUCGAAGAUUUUAUGUAACCAAUAAAUUUUUAUUUGGCUAUU